AUGGCCAGUCCCGACGAGCGCGAUGCCUUCCACGACGACCUGUCCCCCGAGGACGAGGAGUCCUCCAUCAUCUCUACACGGGGAUUCGAGUCAUUCGGUCGUAAAGUAACCACCACAGCAAGCCACUUGAUCGGCCCGCGCUCAGAUCCGGCUUCCCACCCCCAAUACCAAAGCGCGAUGGGCGAGGUCCACAAGCACCUCCGGAGCCAGACCCUUCAGCGCAGCAUGUUCUCUAUGGCUCGCACGACCCCCACAGACCUAGUUCGGUCCAAGUUGUCCCCCAAGGAGAUCCAAUCAAGAGCCAUGGCAUAUGUCCCGGAGGAGCUGCUGCAGAACAUCCCAGAAGACGAGAACUCAUACUCUCUGUUCCAAGGCUUCCAGGCCAGCUUUCCCGGCUUCACAGAGGAAGGGAAGAAACACAGGCGCCGGGUCUCAAGGGGAAGGAAGUUGCUUCAAGACUCUCACACGACACCAGACAGCCCUCAUGCGGUGCAGAAGCUCGGGAAGGAGAAGGCCUCGAUGAUGCACGAGUUUGAGAUGCUGGGCAUUCGGAAGAACAUGGCCAGCAGCGAGAUCCGGGAGAUAGACAACAAGAUGGCCAAUUUGGCGGGCAUGCGCAAGAUUAUCCUGGAAAGGCUAGCCAGCUUGGAGCAAGAGGAGGCGCUCUUAGAGCACGAUAUAAUGGACGUUGAGGGCAGGCUAGAAGAAGCCCAGGCACUUGUCGAAGAAGCAGAGUCUAUAGCGCUGCAGACGCCAACAAAGACGGAUGAAGACCUAGCUUUGGACAGAGAGGAUGACGAUCCGGGCUUCAUGUCCCAAUCCAUUUAUGAAAAGCUCCCGUCUGCUAACAGCACUCCGUCGCGUUCUAAGAAACCGCGCAACUUGAGACGGAAGUCGAUGCCAAUCCUACACGAGCACUUUGAUCCUGGGACAAUGAUUCGAGAAAUCCGGGCCCACCAAGAUAACAUCACGGCCCUUGACUUCGAUGCGCCAUUUGGCACCAUGGUCACGGCAGCAAUGGAUGACUCGGUUCGAGUGUGGGACCUGAACGCAGGUCGUUGCAUGGGCUUCCUCGAGGGCCAUACGGCGUCAGUACGCACGCUUCAGGUCCAAGACAAUAUCUUGGCGACAGGCUCGGUCGAUGCCACGGUCCGGCUCUGGGAUCUUAGCAAGGCCCACUAUGACCCGCACGGCAGCCAGUUUGGAAAGGACGACGACGACGACGGCAUUGCUUUCGAGAACCCGGAUGACUCGCCCGUCGAGCCGCCACCGGGCAGCAUGGCCGACUGCCCAUUGUUCACCUUGCAGGCCCAUGUCGACGAGAUCACGGCCCUCCACUUCAGUGGGGAUGUCCUAGUCUCUGGCUCGGCCGACAAGACGCUCCGGCACUGGGAUCUUGAGAAGGGCCGGUGCGUCCAGACCCUGGAUGUGAUGUGGGCAGCAGCACAGGCUUCUGCCACAUCAUCAACGGGUGAAGGGGCGUGGAGGCAGACGGGCCGUUCUGCCAGUGUAUCGGCAGAUUUUGUAGGGGCUCUCCAGGUGUUCGAGUCUGCCCUGGCCUGCGGAACUGCAGACGGGAUGGUGAGACUAUGGGAUUUACGAAGCGGCCAGGUCAAUCGAAGCCUGGUGGGCCACACGGGGGCAGUGACCUGUUUGCAGUUUGACGACGUACAUCUGGUGACGGGGAGCCUCGACAGGAGCAUACGGAUCUGGGACCUGCGCACGGGGUCCAUUUACGAUGCCUAUGCCUACGACAACCCCAUCACAAGCAUGAUGUUUGACGUCCGACGGAUAGUCUGUGCUGCAGGCGAGGAUGUGGUCAAGGUGUACGAUAAGGUGGAGGGACGGCAGUGGGACUGCGGUGCUGGCAUUGCGGGAGAAGAAGAGGGCAGGAUGCCUGCUGUGGUCGAGCGUGUACGAAUAAAGGACGGCUAUAUGACCGAAGGACGCCGCGAUGGGAUUGUCGGUGUUUGGACAUGUUAA